CCCCCCCGCCGGAAGCGGAAGCGGCCGGCGCCGGCCCGGUGAAAGGAGAGGUUGUGUCAGCUGCCCGUGGUCGGCGCUUCGCGUUGCCGCCCGCACGAUGGCGGCCAUGGCGCUUCCUCCGCUGCCGCCGCAGUUCAAGAGCAUCCAGCACCAUCUGCGAACCGCGCAGGAGCUGGACAAGCGCGAGCCAGUGGUGGCGUACUACUGUCGUUUGUAUGCAAUGCAAACCGGGAUGAAAAUUGACAGCAAAACCCCAGAGUGCCGUAAAUUUUUAUCCAAACUUAUGGAUCAGUUGGAAGCCAUGAAAAAGCAAUUUGGUGAUAAUGAAGCAAUUACUCAGGAAAUUGUUGGUUCUGCUCAUGUGGAGAAUUAUGCUUUGAAAAUGUUUUUGUAUGCAGACAAUGAAGACAGAGCUGGACAAUUUCAUAAAAACAUGAUAAAGUCCUUUUAUACUGCAAGUCUCCUGAUAGAUGUUCUAACAGUAUUUGGGGAGCUCACUGAAGAGAACGCCCAGCAUAGGAAGUAUGCCAGGUGGAAGGCAGCAUACAUCCAUAACUGCUUGAAGAACGGAGAGACUCCUCAACCCGGGCCUAUUGGAAUAGAAGGAGAGAGCUUUGCAGAUGCUGAAAGGGAAGAUGAAGGGUCGUCUUCUCUCCCAAGUGGAACAACUCAACCGACAUCAUCAUCAUCUACUUACGAAGCUAACAACACACCAACCAGUAAUUACACUGGCAUACAUAUACCACCAGGUGCCCAUGCACCAGCUAACACUCCAGCUGAAGUACCUCAUAACACAGGAGUGACGAGUAACACCAUUCAGCCUUCUCCUCAGAAUAUUCCUCUAGUUGAUCCUUCCCUUUACAAUGCUCAGUCUGAAGGGGAAGUACGUUUGACUCCAGAGGACUUUGCCAGAGCUCAAAAAUAUUGCAAAUAUGCUGGCAGUGCUUUGCAAUAUGAAGAUGUGAGCACUGCUGUGCAGAAUCUACAGAAGGCACUCAAGUUACUGAUUACGGGCAGAGAGUGAAGCCUUUAUCCAAGAAAUUCAUGUCUUUUGCCUAAAGAACUAACAGCUUAUUACUGUACCUGUUAGGGGAGUGGAGUUAUACAGAAGUUCUCAGUCCCAUUAUCCAUGACAAUGAAAUCACUGUUUCAGUGUCAGGUUAGCAGUUAAUGGUACAGUAGGAAUCUCUGUUUUCAUUUCACAAACAGCAGAGCUAGAAACAUGAAAGCAGUGGCUUGAUGAAAGCAAAAUACUGAAGAAAGUACUGUGAACACUGCUCAAGAGUUAGAAUUCAUCUUGCAAUAUUUAAGGUUUUGAGAAUGGGAAAAUGCGAAGUCUCUGAGAAACUUGAGCUUAAUAAUAUCUGUUAAAGUUCUUACCCUGAUUUUGUUAUUUCAAGCAAUUGUUUAAUAAGUAUAAUAGCUUUAAAAUGGUAACUAAGAUUAGUGCUUCCCUUCUGAAAUGAGAGCAUGCGAGAAGGCUGAAAGAUCCACAAUGGAAAGGACUUCUUUUCUAUACAUAAAUUAUUUGGUUAUUAUCUGAGACAUAAAUCAAAGCUGAGGGAGACUAGAGGUUAUUUUUAUUUCCUUUGAAAACAGGCUGGAUAAAGCAUCUUGAUACUUCUGAGCAAGUAAUUUUGUUUUUACUCCAACCUAAUCCACCACAACUCUAUGGACUGCUACAUGUAUUUUUAAAUAAUGCUUCUUACUCCUUUUGUGUGAACACUUACAGUUUUGUAUAUGUAUGGGUAAUUAAGAGAAAGUACUAAUACUUCUCAGAGAUGAUCCUGAAACCAGAGGUAGUGAUUCUAAACUGGAACUUUUAGGGAGAUGUGCUUCUUAGGUAUUUCAUCUUUUUAAAAGACUGAAAAAAGAAAAAAAAAGGCAUGUUCUUCAGCCAUUAAAGCACUAUAGGUUCAUCUCUGGUAUUAGUGUCAUAGAGCUUCAUAUUUGCAGCUAAUAUUCUUCCUGUCUGCUUUGUUGUAGAGACUUUUCUGGAUUUGGAAUUUAAUUAAAAUAUCUUGGAAACUGAGUUUUGAGUCUUUAUGAGGUCUGCCUUUGUAAUUAUAGAGCUCUUGAUUGUAAAAAAACUAUCGAUGCUCUUUAAAAGAAAGAGUAAGUAGUCUUCUAACUGAUGUGACAUAAUAAUUGAGUAUACCAUAAGGCAUGUCUGAUUUAUGUAAUAGUUUUAAUGACAUAUUAUCUGACUUGUCUUUCUUGCCACGAUGCCAGGUCAAAUCCAUGUAUGCUUUUUAGCUUCACUGUUUUACACUGACUAAAAUGUCUGAUUUUUAAAGGAAAAAUAUGAGAAGAAAAUCAAACGUAAGCAUAGAUUAAAGUUUAGCUUGUCAUAUCCUUGUAACAGUAUAUAAUCUUUGACAACAGGCUUGAAAAGAGUAAUAUGAAACCUUUUUAAAUGUAGUGUUUAGGCUGGUCAGAGAAUGGAUUGAGAGCAGUCCUGAGGAAAAGGACUUGGGGGUGAUGGUUGAUGAGAAGCUGAACGAGAGCUCACAGUGUGUGCUGCCAACCACAACCUGGGCUGCAUGAAAUGAAGCAUGGCCAGCAAGUUGACAGAGGUGAUGCUCCCCCUCUGCUUUGCUCUUGUGAGACCCCACCUGGAAUAUAACACAGGAAGGAUGUGGAGCUGUUGAAGCAAGUCCAGAGGAGAGCCAUGAAGAUGAUCAGCAGUCUGGAGCACCUCUCCUGUGCAGACAGCCUGGGAGUUGGGUUUUUUUCAGCCUGGAGGCAAGAAGGCUUUGGUAAACUUGUAGCAGCCUUCCAGUACAUGAAGGAGGCCUGCAGGAAAGCUGGGGAGGUACUUUUUAGAAGGGCGUUUACUAGUAGGAGAAGGGGUAUUGGCUUUAAACUGGAAUAGGUUAGAUUUAGGUUAAAUAUUAGGAAUAAAUUCUUAAGUUUAAAGAUGGUGAUACAGGUUGCCUAUGGAACUUGUGGAUGCUCCCUCCCUGGGAGUGUUCCAGGCCAGGUUGGAUGGGGCUUUGAGCAAACCUGGUUUAGUAAUAGGUGUCCCUGCCCAUGUGGGGGGAGUGGAGCUAGAUGAUCUUUAAGGUCUCUUCCAACCCAAACCAUUCUAUGAGUCUCAAGUAUUUUAGUUGACUGAGGUUUAAUAGAUAAAACAGCUGGUAUUGUUUGUGUUGCUUUCUGAUACAGGAUAGAAUGCUAAUCUGGAGAGUGAUUUGAAUUAUAUUUUGAUUAUUUUGGGAAAUUUAGAAUAAAUCAGUCUGAAACUUUUUUCACAAUAAUGCUUUACAGACCUGUACAGACCCAGUGCUUUAUGCAAAAUAGAUCCCUCAAAGUGAAUCAUUGUAAACCAUUCCAUAUAUAUUAUUGUGAUGUUACACUGUGAUUGGAAAAGCUGCUUUUCAGUUGAAAGAAGGAUGCAGAACACUGAUCAGUGUGAAUAUAUAUUUUGCAUUGCUAUAAAAAAAUCAGAAGUUGCUUUCAUUUGGGGAUCAUACUGCUGUUUACUAAUGUCAUCUUUAGUCUCCAGCACUGAGGGAGGAAAGUUAUUUUUCCUGUUUCUAUUUAUAAAAUAAUGUGCAUUCAGACUUUCGUAUUACAUGAAAAAAUAAACAAGCUGUGAUAUAG